UAAAAAUUCCUAAACUAUAAGUUUAAUAUAAUUAGCUUGAUUUAAAUGGAGAAAAUGACGAUACUUAAUAUUUUAAGGCAAGAAAACAAUGCUAGACCUAAAUCAUAUCUUGAAUCUAAGCCUUCCUAUUGAACUUUACUAGAAAAGGAUAUUAUGAUCAAGAGGACAGCUGAAGAGCUAAUCAGGGCAACUAAAAUAAUAAUGCGAGCCCUGAACUACAAACGAUUUAGACGACUCCGUCGCGAAAAUACAUAUAUUGCAGAUAUAUAUUACGAAGCUGACCCGGAUAUUGCGAAGGAAAUUCUUCUGGUGGGAGAAUUCUCUUCUCCUCAAUGGAUUCUACAAAUACCUAUGCAGUAUUCUUACUUCCAUCGUGCUUUCAGGACGAGGAUCAAAAUAAAGCAAGGCUCUGAAUUCAAGUUCAUUGUUGAUGGCACUUUCAUUUGCUGUCCUAAGUAUCCAAGAGUGACUACAGGAAGCUACACAAAUAAUAUUUUCAAAAAGAAUCCAAACCCAUCCGGAUUCAACAAGAGUUUCCACUAUAAAGGCAUCAAGGUGAUUCUGGAGGACAAAUAAAUGGAAGAUAAAUCCCUUAAACUUCCUUGGCAAAAGCAUCACUCCUGUAAGACCUAGACAACUGAACAGCGAAGACUUAGGCUACUUCAACAGUCUCUCCCAGCUCCAACCCACUCACAACCAAAGCCUCCUAAAAUGGGAUAAAAAGAAGGAAUUUGGGUUUGGUAUAAAGCAUCUUCAGCCUCAGAAAUCAGCCAAGACUCCUCUCCAAACGAUCCAGAACCCUCUAAAGUCGAUGAUAUCUUGUGAGCAUAAUCAAAGUUCUCGGGACUUAGAUUCUGAGUAUUCAGAUGAUGACUUGCCCUUCCUUGAUGACUUCUUUGAUAACAUGCCUUUCACUCCUGAUAUUGGGGGCUUUAAGGAGGAACAUGAGAUUUAUGGGACCUCCAGUCCCAUCUGCAAGGAGAUUUUAGAGAGUUAUACAAUUGUAGGACAAGGAGUCAGACUCUCUAAGAAUAAAAAUCCAUGCCAAGACGCCUUCUUUACGACCCAGCUCGGUAUAGGAAUCGCUGAUGGAGUUGGGGGCUGGAAUUCCUAUGGUAUAGAUUCUUCACUCUUCUCGAGCAGUUUAAUGAAUCAGUGAAAGCAGAUAAUAAAAUCGAAGGAGUAUGGAUCAAACAACUCUUCAUCCAAGGCGAUUGCUACCAGAAAAAGUAUCCCAAACUAUGAGUACCAGCAAUCAACUUUCGCUGAGGGUCAAAGCACUUUCAUCAGUCAAGGGAGAGAUUUCUCAAAAAUGGAAGCUUCUUUUGGGUCUCCAAUGAAAUCAAAAAUAAGAAAGAUAAGAUCAUCUUUCCACCUCAGCGAUCAGGAGCUACAUGAGUGCCCAACUCAUGAAGGCUGAGAUAAAUCUCCUACAAGCGAAAACGCUUAUAUAGAGAUAAAGCAGGCUCCUAGGUUAGACCCUCAACAGAUUCUUAAGCAAGCUUUUAAAGGAGUCAAAGAUUUCGGAUCUUCCACAGCCUGAGUUGGCGCUCUAGAUGGAAAGACAUUAAAAAUAGCAAACAUUGGAGAUUCAACAAUGAUGGUUGUAAGAUACAAUCCAGAAUUAAAGGCUUGCAAGAUUGUGCUAAGGACGGGAGAGCAGCAACACAGCUUCAACGCUCCUUACCAACUUGCUAACAUUCCUAUUGGGCUUCAGCCUUCCUCUUCCCGCUUUGGUGGAGGUCAGAGAAAAUUCUGGAAAGACAAAGCUAGCGAUGCUGUACUUUAUCAGACAUCAAUCAAAGAAGGAGAUAUUAUCAUUGGAGGAACAGAUGGCCUCUUUGAUAACCUUUAUUCCCACGAAAUCCUUAACAUAAUAGACAUUUUUCUAAAUGAUUGCUUUGAGUCCUCCCCUCAAGAGAGCCUGAAAAGUAUAAAUACCCAUAGUUUCACUCCUGUAUUCACAAAAUCCCAGCUGGCUAACCUUACCAAAAGGAAGGCCAAGCUGCUUGCUCAUGACUUAGUCAAAGAGGCUAGGAGAAAGAGCAAAAAUAAGACUUGACUCACCCCUUUCGCAGACCGAUUUAAUAAAAGUAAAAUCGAAAAGAAGAGCUUUUUAGUGUGGAAGGGAGGAAAGCCAGAUGACAUUUGUGCUGUCAUCGGCUUUGUCAAGACCACCUAAUCC